UCGGGUGUCGCCUGACCGGAUGGUAGAAGUUUAGUUUUAGUGGCUGGAGUUGUAUUUAUCUGUCCGAUUGAGCCCGCAAGUGGAUUUUUGUUGUUGUUGUUCAAGCGCAGCCCGUAACGACCGAUCGACCCUAUUUCUGUGUGUCUGUGUCCAUGACAGCGUAAUUCAUUUAACCCAGGAAACUACAAAAGAAAAGGCCAAAAAGCGGGGGGAAAAAGAGCUUCCCAAACAAGAGUGAACCGAGGGGGAGCCGUUCUUUCUUUCCUCCGCCGUUCGCGAUUCCGGAGUUUGAAGCCGAGCACAGCAGCGCGGCAGCGGCCAUGGGGAACCGGGGCAUGGAGGACCUCAUUCCCCUCAUCAAUAAACUGCAGGACGCCUUCAGCUCCAUCGGGCAGAGCUGCAACCUGGACCUGCCGCAGAUCGCCGUGGUCGGCGGCCAGAGCGCAGGGAAGAGCUCCGUCCUGGAAAACUUCGUCGGCAGGGACUUCCUUCCUCGAGGGUCAGGCAUCGUCACACGCAGGCCUCUCAUCCUUCAGCUGGUCAACAGCAAAGCAGAAUACGCUGAGUUCCUGCACUGUAAAGGUCGGAAGUUUGUGGAUUUUGAGGAGGUGCGGGCGGAGAUUGAGGCUGAGACCGACAGGAUCACUGGAUCCAAUAAGGGCAUCUCCCCCAUCCCCAUCAACCUGAGAGUGUACUCCCCACACGUGCUGAACCUGACCCUGAUUGACCUGCCGGGGAUGACGAAGGUGGCGGUGGGGGACCAGCCGCCCGACAUCGAGCACCAGAUUCGGGACAUGCUGCUGCAGUUCAUCACCAAGGAGAGCUGCCUCAUCCUGGCCGUCACGCCCGCCAACACUGACCUGGCCAACUCCGACGCCCUGAAGAUCGCCAAGGAGGUGGACCCGCAGGGGCUGCGCACCAUCGGUGUGAUCACUAAGCUGGACCUGAUGGACGAGGGGACGGACGCCAGAGAGAUCCUGGAGAACAAGCUGCUGCCACUGCGCAGAGGCUACAUCGGGGUGGUGAACCGCAGUCAGAAGGACAUCGAUGGGAAGAAGGACAUCCGAGUCGCGCUGGCCGCCGAGAGGAAGUUCUUCCUGUCCCACCCGGGGUACAGGCACAUGGCCGAGCGCAUGGGUACCCCCCACCUGCAGAAAACUCUCAACCAGCAACUGACCAAUCACAUCCGGGACACGCUGCCGGGCCUGCGCAGCAAGCUGCAGAGCCAGCUGCUCUCCCUGGAGAAGGAGGUGGAGGAGUACAAGAACUUCCGGCCCGACGACCCCACGCGCAAGACCAAAGCCCUGCUGCAGAUGGUGCAGCAGUUCGGGGUGGACUUUGAGAAGCGGAUCGAGGGCUCGGGGGACCAGGUGGACACGGUGGAGCUGUCGGGCGGAGCCCGGAUCAACCGCAUCUUCCACGAGCGCUUCCCGUUCGAGCUGGUUAAGAUGGAGUUUGAUGAAAAAGAGCUGAGGCGAGAGAUUAGCUAUGCUAUCAAGAACAUCCAUGGCGUGAGGACAGGGCUGUUCACUCCAGACCUGGCCUUUGAAGCCAUUGUGAAAAAGCAGAUCAUUAAGCUGAAAGAGCCCUGUCUCAAAUGUAUCGAUCUGGUGAUUCAGGAGCUCAUCAACACCGUCAGGCAGUGCACCAACAAGCUGAGCUCCUACCCUAAACUGAGAGAGGAGACGGAGAGGAUCGUUACCACGUACGUCCGAGAGAGAGAGGGCAAGACCAAGGACCAGGUUCUUCUGCUGAUUGACAUCGAGCUGUCCUACAUCAACACCAACCACGAGGACUUCAUCGGCUUCGCCAACGCGCAGCAACGGAAUGCGCAUGUGAACAAGAAGAGGGCCAUGCCAAACCAGGGUGAGAUUUUGGUGAUCAGAAGAGGCUGGCUCACCAUCAACAUCAGCAUCAUGAAGGGGGGGUCCAAGGAUUACUGGUUCGUCCUGACGGCCGAGUCCCUGUCCUGGUACAAGGACGAGGAGGAGAAGGAAAAGAAGUACAUGCUGCCGUUGGACAACCUGAAGCUGAGAGACGUGGAGAAGGGCUUCAUGUCCACCAAGCACACCUUCGCCAUCUUCAACACUGAGCAGAGGAACGUGUAUAAGGACCUGCGUCAGAUAGAGCUGGCCUGUGAUUCCCAGGAGGAUGUGGACAGCUGGAAAGCUUCAUUCCUGAGAGCAGGAGUGUACCCUGAAAAGGACCAGGCAGAGAAUGAGGAGGCGGGGCCGGCCGACACCUUUUCCAUGGACCCCCAGCUGGAGAGGCAGGUGGAGACCAUCCGCAACCUGGUGGACUCCUACAUCGGCAUCGUUAACAAGUCCAUCCGAGACCUCAUGCCCAAGACCAUCAUGCACCUCAUGAUCAACAGCGCGAAGGACUUCAUCCACUCGGAGCUGCUGGCGUUUCUGUACUCGUCGGGGGACCAGAACUCGCUGAUGGAGGAGUCGGCCGACCAGGCGCAGCGCAGAGACGAGAUGCUGCGCAUGUACCACGCCCUGAAGGAGGCGCUGCACAUCAUCGGGGACAUCAGCACCACCACAGUCUCCGUGCCCGUGCCCCCGCCCGUGGACGACGGCUGGAUACAGAAGGACACCAGUCCUACCCCGCAGCACAGGCCCACGGCAGUGGCUCCCCCACCCAGUCGCCCCCCGGCAGUGCGGGGCCCGACGCCGGGUCCCCCCCUCAAUCCCAGCCCGGCGUUUGGGGCCCCCCCGGUCCCCUCCCGCCCGGGGCCCGCCGGCAACGCCUUUGGGGCCGGUGGCGGCCCUACAGACCCCUUCAGCGCCCCUCCGCAGAUCCCCUCCCGCCCCGCCCGAGUGCCCCCCGCACUCCCCCCGGGCAUUCCCAGCAGAAGACCUCCGGCCGCUCCGAAUCGUCCCACCAUAAUCCGCCCGGCCGAGCCCUCCUUGCUGGACUAGGCCCGGGGCCCGAGGCCAGGGGCCUGCUGAGCCGCACUCAGAGCCGUGGGGCCGCUGAUGUCGGGAGGCGGGGCCACAGGGUCGAUGGGAGGGACUCCACGCACACGGGCGAGGGCUCAUUGACUGGUCGAGGACAUUUUCACCACACACACACACACACACACACACACUACUCCUGAUCAGGAGACACUCCGUCUUUCGGUCUUUGAAUGAUAUUAAUUUUUUUUAAUGAAACAGCUGUUCAGCGCUGCUAAUUUGUUUAACAAAAAGAAGGUGCUUACACCUGGAAAAAGAAGGUUUGCACUGCAAAAGACACUAUUAAUUAAAGAAAACACUGUAGAUUUAAAAAUAAAAACUCACAACCUUCUACUGUCAGCCGCCAGUCUUUGAAAGGUCUAUUGGUAAGAGGUCAGUGUGGUAAUGGACUGGAAGGUUGAGCCCCUUGCUUGUGUGUAGUUCACGCUGCUGGCCACUAGGUGGCAGUCCUGGACUGGUCUGAACUAGGAGGGGGAUUUUAAUAGUCAGACACCCUUGCAGUGUUAAGUGAUGUACAGACGUACAUAGGUGUCAUCCUGUAUGGAGUGGUGUGUGGAUUGCAGGAACAGUCUUGUUGAUUUCUCCACAAAAUCACGUUCAACAAAAACCACCCUCAAUCUGCGGCUGGCAGCCCUCGACCCCCUGCCUGUCACCUGACCUCUGACCCCUGUGUUUAAUACCCAGAAACACACUAGCCAGCUUCUUUUGUUGAUAAUGAUGUUUUUUUUCUUGAUCUUCUAACCUGAUUCCAACUGAAAAUAGACUUAUUAUUAUUACCAUUAUUUGUAUUUUUAUGGAGGUGAUAUGAAUAUUAAUUUUUUUU